CAUCGUCUUUCUUUCGAAGGAGAAACGCUGCGCGGUACGAUUUUAGUGAAUUUUCCACAAGAGGGGUGUGUACUUACCCUCCACGGGGGUGGUACCGCCCCCGAAACGUGCGGACCAAUCGCGUCGCAAGAAACCAACCCCCUCGUUCGGUACGUAACUCGGGGCUUGAUCGAGGGUGAACUCCCGAAAGGAGAACUUCAGUUUCCCCGGUGUCGUCUAUCGAGAACGAUAAACCGACUCGCAGUGAGAAUUGAAAAAAGGGGUAGCGCAAAACUGAUAUCAUUUGUUGGUUUUGCUAAAUUUAAGAAGGGAAUCCUCGGAAGGGAUGGCCGGGCCGUACUUGUCGCCUUUGGGCCCGCAGGCUGACUUGCUCACCGAAUACAUGUUCGGAAGACGUCGUCAGGUCAGUAGACGCAAUCGGACAACUUUCACACCGCAACAGCUUCAAGAGUUGGAGUCGCUAUUCCAGAAGACGCACUAUCCGGAUGUUUUCCUCAGAGAAGAAGUCGCUCUCAGAAUUUCGCUUUCCGAAGCUCGUGUUCAGGUUUGGUUUCAGAAUCGACGAGCGAAGUGGCGUAAACAAGCCCGGUUACAGUUGUUACAGGACGCAUGGAGAAUGAGGUGUUUAGGUUUAGGGAGUGCGGCGCCUCUUCUUUUGAGGCCGCCACCCACAGCGUCAUUGGAAAGACCCGAUACGGCGACAUCGCCACCACCGCCACCGCCACCGCCACCGCCUCCGCCACCCUCGUCAUCCGCUACCACCAACGGGCCACCAUUGACGACGAGCAACGCCGACAAAAUACCUGACACUCCGACCCUAUCCGUUUGCAGAGAUUACAGAAUUCUUCCACCCCCGCACGGAUAUUCUUUGACAUGUGAUAAAUCUCCGGAGAGAAUGAAAUGCGGUUGCGGUUCUCCACCGAGAAUAUGCGGUAGUCCAGUAGAAAGGGAUAUAAAUUUAACCGUGAGAGAUAGGCCCCAGGAGGCGGAAAUGGAUCUGACGGUGAAGGGUCCACCGCGGCACGCGCCAAUCGCUUCCUUGUUCCAUCAACUGCCCCAACAAGAGCUCGGUCCUUCGCAAAACGUCGACGAACCUUUGGACGUUACACUCAACGCAAAUAAAAAUAAUUAAUCACUCCCGUUAUUUCAUCUCGAUCUUUUCUUUCGGUUUAUUUGCUUCCUCCCUCGCAGUUUUUUGCUCGGUGCAAUGGACAAAUCACAGAUUUUCGAACGACUUCAUUCCGAAGAUACAGUGGCUACAAGAAGUACAUCGUUUCUCGUUUCUGGUAUUCUUGUUUUUCAAUAACAUGUUUUUUACUAUUCCAAUUCCAAUAUUCUGGCACAUUGUGAUUACCCAUGUAUAAAGUAAAAAAA